ACACACACACACACACACACACACACACACACACACACACACACACAGAGAAAAGCACUGCGCUCACACAGCCAGUGACGGUGGACUGGUGGAGCACUGCUGUUGUCUCUCUGCGCUCUUUAUCUGGCUUUUUCCGCCACACAUUGGACCUGGUUGGACUGAGAGGAAGAAGCAGCCGCUGGAGCUAACUGCGGAGAAAGUAGUCCGGUGCAGGACUGGGCAAAACUGAGAUCACCUGCUGGGGCGUAAAGGCGACACACUCUCCAAGGACACAAUUAAUGGAAUAACGUGCAGUACCCAUGUGAAUAAAAACUUUCUUAAAGAAGAAACAGGAACUUAGUGCCAGAGAAAACGUAAGUGCACCUUCAGCAGAAGAUGCGCAAUACCUUUUGUUCUGCGUGUCCCGAAAGACAAAACUGAUCUGAUGUGUUUUGGGAACUAACAGCUGUUUGGAUGGACAAGCUUUGCAGCUGAAGAAACAAAGUUAUUUUAAAGUUUCUCUUUGAAAAAAAAAGCAAAAGCGUAAUAAUCUCCAGGAGACAGUGGGAUAUGGAUGGUGUUGCUUCUGAAAUCCGUGAGUCGCAGCCUGCAGCUGGGAUGCACAGCGCAUCUGAGCCGCGACGUUUCACACCAUAAUGCGGCAUCAAAACUGCACCUGACAACGAAUGUCACAGACCUUAAACCACUCCAAACGGAUCUAAUAUGUCCUCACUAUUGAAGAGGAAGCUGACUCUGUGCCAGGCCCUGACCUUCGUCCUGCUGCUGGUCGCUCCCCUCUGCCUGUCGUCCCCUCAGAGCUCAUGGGUUUCUGCGUGGCAUCCCUCCAGCGAGGCGUCAUCAGGGCGUCCGGCCCGCGCCCGGCGGCAGCUGCACUUCAGGAACGAGUGGGCGCCGUGGAGCAGCUGGUCUGUCUGUUCCCGUAGCUGCGGGGGCGGAGCCUCAGUCAGGACUCGCACCUGCAUCACAAGGAACCCAGUGGGUGGACCAUGUUCAGGAGAGCCCAGGCAAUACAAGAUCUGCAACACUAAGGAGUGCCCCCCCAGCUCGGAGGACUUCAGAGAGAUGCAGUGUGCUGCCUUCAAUGACCGACCGUUAGUGGCUGGAACCUCCUUCAGAUGGACCACCUUUCACGGAGGCUCUAACCCCUGUGAACUGAGCUGCCUGGCCCUGGGUCACAACUUCUACUACAACUUUGGCCGUGUGCUCGAUGGCACGGCCUGCGCCAAGGAGCCUGGAGCUGUGUGUGUCAACGGGCGCUGCCUGACGCCCGGCUGUGACUCCAUCUUGGGCUCAAAGCAGCAGGAGGACGCUUGCAUGGUGUGUGGAGGACAAAACACCACCUGCAUGCACCACAAGAGCGUGUACCAGAGCAACGGUCUGGAGGCAGGCGGACCUUUUGGAUACAACGAAGUGACCAUGAUCCCAGCUGGAGCUACUCACAUCCGAGUCACUGAUAACAGCAGGAAUUAUCUAGCACUCCAGAAUGGUCACUCCCAGUUUGUGAUCAACGGUAACUGGAAGAUCAGCAUUCCGGGCGAGUACAAUGUAGCCGGGACGAAACUGGUGUACCGGCGCUCUGCAGACACCUGGGAGAGCUUCGAGGUACCAGGACCCACCCAGGAAGACCUCCAUCUCAUGGUGCUGGCUACAGACAAAAACCCGGGGAUCGAGUAUGAGUACUGGCUCCCACCAGGUCAAUACGCCCUCCACCAUGGGAGGAGGAGUCCACUGCGCCAAGCUCACCACACUGACAACUACCUCCCCUGGGAUCAACCAAUCACCACAACCACAACUACCACCACCACCCGGGCUUCCCCUGUCACCACCCAAACACAUUGGAUUUCAAGACAUUUGAAGCCACCUCGCCAAUCUCCCCACCACAACCGUCGCCAGCCCCCCCACCAGCCCAUCCUGCCCCGCCUACAGAGAGAGGAGAACCACAGAAACCUCCUUCCUCAGCCUUCACCAGGAAGACAUUGUGGGAAAUGUCAUCGAAUUAAAGGUCGAAGGGAACGCCAAAGACAGUAUUGCCAGAAGGACUUUGUUUUCCGUGCCCGGGUGCUCGGAAAGCUGUACCGAGGCCAGGAGACGCGGUAUGACGUCCAGAUCCUCCACACCUACCGCAACGGCUUCCGCCUGGAGCACCGGGAGUUCUUGUGGGUCCCUAACGUGUGUGACUGCCCCCAUCUGGAGGAGGGAAAACAGUACAUACUGAUGGUGCGCCGCCACAUCAACCACGAGGAGACACUGAACCGCAUCCUGCUGGAGGAGGAGAGCUACGUCGUGCCGUACAGACCCCGAGAGGAAGAACUGCUGCGACCCCUCGAAAGACUCUGCAACAACAGAGGAGCCAAACACCCAGCAGAACGGACGGGAUGAGAGUGGAGCCACAAUGUGUUUGAGUGUGUGUGUGUCAGAAAAUAGAGCUCAUACUGAAGCUUUAUCACUUCAAAUGUUUUAUUUUUGGACCUUCGAACCCUAUCAGACUACAUCCGGUCCAUACGAUGGUCUGAUGUAUUCCAGAGUGGCGUCACUGGAGAAAAAUGACAGCUGGAUAGAAAACAGACAAUUGUAGCCUCAUUUAAGACUCGCCACAGUCAGAAAUAAAAAAGACUCCACGUUUAUUUAAAAGCCUGACCAGCUUACUGUACCAUAUAGAGCACUUUAGGUGGAUGCUUGUGCCCACCUUUAAACACGUACCAAAGAGAAGAACAUUGACUGAAUGGCCUUUUUAUCAUUUAAGUGUUUUAUAUUAUUAUAUUUUUGUGCGUGCGUACAUUUUAUAGGAAAAAUCCACCUCAAAACACUUAAAGAGCAUCUUAAUUCCCAUCAAACACCAUUUUGAGUUUGUCCUCAACUUAUUUUCUGGGAUAGACGGACUCAUUAAAAUAUUUCCAGAAGCUUAGUAGAGUUGGUAUAAGAGUAAAUUCUUCAGUAUAAAAUAUUAAUAUUAGGUGUUGUAUUUUAGUCUCAGUCCCUCAAAGUUUAAGUGCAAUAAGCUGCCUUUUCCAGGGCUUCCAUAGCAUAACCAAAAAUGUCAUCAAAUUGUGCCUGGGUUUCUAUGUUGAGCAACAUUGACAUUUUGGGGAAGUGGAAUUUCAGGGAGGAAAGCUGACCAGAUUCGAACUUUAACAAUUUAAAAAAGAAUCUAACACAGGUAGAACAUAUCAUUAUCUUUCCUUCAAACAGCACAUGUAACUGCAGCUAAAUUCAAGUACAUUGUGCAUGUCACAGCAUAGAAUUAGGACUUUAAUUAGAGGUGGAUUUUCCUUUUGGUUUUAACUCCAGAUAUAGUAACAACAUAUUGCUUCACAAUAUAUUUAUGUAUAAAAAAAAUAAGCUUAAACUAUAACACAUUAAGUUGUGUGUCACUUGUUGUUUAACAUUUUUCGUAAUGUCUGUUCCUUUUGUGGUAUUCAUUUUUAUAGUGUGUUAAAUCAGGUCUGCUUUGUGAUACUUUACGUGAAAGAGAUUAUGAAAUAAACAGUAUUUUUUUGCAUGGCACUGAUUAGCUACAAAUAUACUAAAGCUACUAAUUUUACCGUUUGUUUGAGAUAACUUGCAGUCUGAUUAAUAGUCAGUUAACUUAUGUGCCUUGUGUUGUGCAUUUGAGUUAUAACACUUUUUUUCUAACCUCAUCUACAUGUGCCAAAAGUGUAAAAAUGAUAAUCACCCGUUCUUCUUAAUAUGAACGUAUUCUAGAUGUUCACAUAUAUUUUUUUGGUAAAUUGGUAUUAAAGCUGAUUAAACAU